AUGUCGUCAAAUUCAUACUAUCUGUUAGAUGUAAUUAUUAUACCAUCGAAAGAGGAAGCACCACAAAUAGAUGAUGAAAUGGUUGAAUUAUUAUUAUCAAAGAAAGGAUGGAAUAUUACAAAGAUGACACCUGUUCAUAAUCAGCAUGGACGACGUUUUAUUAUUCAAUUUGCACAAACAGAAUCUGUGGAUAAGCUUAUAACUCAAAGCGUUUUAACGUUUCAUGAUGCUGCUAAGAUGAAAAUGAAACGAACAAUAAAACAAAUUGAUAAACAGUGUUUUGUACUGAAAAUAUUAGGUGAUACAAAAAUAGAUCAAAGAAAAAUAAACUUAUACACGGAAAUACUGAUCGGAAUUAGUGAAUAUUCAAUAGAUGAUAUAACAGUAAAUCAUAAAGUAGAACAAAUCUAUUUGAUUAAAUGUGAACAAGAUAUUGAUUUAAUAAAAUUAUUCGAAAAUUACGCAAAAAAAUCUCAAUUACAAAAUAAAGAAGUGCAAUUAGUUCAGAUCUAUGAGAUUGAUAUGCUCGAUAUAUUAUUUGAAAAAUUGGAAGGACAACAAAUGUUAGACAAACAACAUGUAAUAGAGUCAUCAAAAGAUAUUAUACCAAUCUUAUUUUCAUCAUCAUUAGAUGAAAUAUUUUCAUUUUCCGUAUUUGAUGAUAAAGUAUCAGUUGAAUUUAUCGAUUCACAUGCUUUGAAAAGAUGGAUGAAAACAAAUGAAUAUCAGAGUCAAUAUAAUAUUCGCGUUCGACCGACUCUACAGGUUGUGGAGAAUGAAAUAAUUACAAAGGAAAUGAGCUCAAACAAACAAAAACUGAAUAUUAUUCAAAAUGAUUUAACGUCAGUGGAAAAAGUUCAACCUGACAGAUGUCGUCCAUCGUCUGGCAUUAUAAAGCCAUUGAUAACAAAACCACAACCUGAUUAUUCAAUGAUAGCAACAACUUCACCUAUGAGAAAAGUGGAAAUAACAUUUGAUUCCCAGUUUGAAUUAAUUACAUCUCAUCCGGUCGUUCAACUUGAUUACAAAAAAUUUAUAAGAUCAUAUGUGGAUUAUAUCGAUAAUGAUAUUGAGAUUCAUGGUUGUUCCGUUACAUGCUUCGUGUCUAAUGAAUUUGGGAAAUUAGCUCCAACAGAUUUAUUGGAUACAACGAAAAAAUUUAUGGAAAAAUUUGUUAUUAAAGAAUUACGUGAGCCAACGCUGGAACAAAUGAAUACACUAGAUAGAGAGAACUGUGCAUACAGACAAUUACCGGAUAAAAAAGGCUAUAUGGUAGCAGCUAAACGUACAGUAAUGGAUCAACUACUUCAAAUUCAGUCGCCACUUAAUCAAUCGAAAUUGUCAACAAAUAACAGUAGAGUUGACUCAUCGCCACUGUCACACCCACCAUCAGUUCUUCAAACAGAAAUCAUUCGUUAUCCAAUCGAAAGUGCACAAUAUUGUCAAUUCUUCGAUAAUGAUAUGUUCCAAAUUCGUUUCAAACAAUAUUUACGUGAUACAUACAUGACCAAUACAAAUGUGAAACGCGAGAAUGAUCAGUCAUCAUUGAAAAUGAAAGUUAUUAUCGAAUUAAAUGGUCGAUACGAAGAUAUUUGUUCAGCACGUAAUGCAAUUGAAAAUCUGUUUACAUCACUCCAAACAACAGUUUACAAUGAACAGAAUGUUGUUGAAUGGAUCAAAGUGGCCGAUUCUGUACAUGUUAUUCAAGAUUAUUUCAACCGAAAAGGUGUUAUAUGCGCCUGUCAACAAUUGAGAAAUGGGUUAAAGAUUUAUUAUUUCAGAAAUCCUCAGUUUGGUACUGAAGAAAAUCAGAUUAGUGAUGCAAUUGAUCAUGGAGUAUUUCUAUUCGAAAUUGUAACAAUAUCAUCAAAAUCACAAACAAUAUCAAAAUUAGUACAAAAAUUAGAUGACUUUUAUGGUAAAUUGCGGCAACGACCAGAUUAUAAUAAAACCAUAUGUUGUGAUACAAAUGAAACAGAAGUUUAUUUGUUUGGCUUAACAGGAAUAGUUCUAGAAAUAAAAGAUAAAUUUGAAUCAAUCAAAGAUCAAUAUGAGCCAAAAUUACACAAAUUACAAUUAGAACAAAAUCAAAUCAAAUACUUAUUAAAUAUGCGAUUCAGAGAACUGCAAGCGCUGGAAGCAAAACAUAAAGAUGAUGGUGUUGAAAUUUUAUCAAAUAUUGUAAAUUCAUCUAUUUUAGCACCUGUUAGUAUUUAUGAACAACAUUUAAAACGAUGUCUGCUCGAAUAUGCACGAACAUCUGAAUUGGAAUUUGAUAUCAGGGAACCAUUAGGAUUUAGUGUAUUGAUUCAAAAUCAAGAAUAUUUAUUAACUGACAUAGCUAAUAGAUAUUCAUGUUAUAUUGAAACAAAAAUUGAAACACAAAAAAUACCCAUUGCAAUACCAAAAGCAAAUGUUAAAGAAUUAGCAUCGGUUGCACAAACAAAUGAUGCUAUUCAAUUGUCAGUCCCAUCUUCUCCAAACGCAAUUAUAGCUGGACCAGUAACAACAACAUCUAAUAGUAGUCUAAAGGUAGCUAAUGGUACUAUUGAUAUACAUUUUGGAGAUUUAACAACAGAAACGGCUGAUGUGAUUGUUCUCUGUCGAUCAUCAACGAAAUUGUGUGAUGCUAUUGUUAAAGUUGCUGGUGACCAGGUAUUAAACGAAUAUCAAGCAAUUUCAAUAUCAUCGAAACAAAUUGCAAUAUCAGCUGGUUCAUUAAAAUGUAAAAUGAUUCUUUUUCAAUCUUGGCAACCGCACAAAAAUGAUGAACUAUUAAGAAAAUCUGUAUCUGAUUUUGUAUCAGAUGCCAUUCAAUAUGUAACCGAUAAUAAUUAUACAAGUAUUUCAUUUCCAGCAUUGGGAUGUGGUAAUUUUGGUUGUUCUGCCAAUGUAAUUGCUGAUACAAUGAUAAAUGAAACAAAAUCUCAAUUAAAAAAUUUAAAGAAAACUAUUAUAGUAUCAUUUGUAUUAUUAGCACAACAAAAAACUGUAUAUGAUGAAUUUUGUAAUCAAUUAAAUCCCAGACUGAUAGAUAAUAAUAAGAGUGGUUUAUUUAAUCGUGCAGCAAAAGUAAUCAGUGGAUAUUUUUCCACAAAUACACAAGAUAAUGCCACCUCAAGCAGUGAAUCUGAGAACAUAGAAUAUUUUGACCAAGAAAUCGUACAAAUAACUCUAACAACAUCGGCAGAAAAUAAAGACGCAUUGUCAGAAUGUCGACAAGCAAUUGAGAAGCAAAGUAAAUCUGGUACGUUGAAAAAAGAGUGGAAAGAUAAACAAGACAUGAGAAAUUGGACACAACAAACAAUUAAUAAAUAUUAUAUUUAUUGUCUGGAACGAAAAAUAUUACCACAGUUAGAUAUCAUAAACGGUCAUUUACAACUAAAUGGUUUAAAAGAAUCUGUAUUAGAGGCAGAAAAAUAUAUUUAUCAAUUAUUAAAUGAUACAUAUCGGCAAGAACGAGUGCAGAUCAUUUCACAAGGCGUUAUUUGGUCAUAUGAAGUAUCGGAUGAUGUAUGGAAAAACUAUUCGUUUAAAACAAAUGCCGAAAUUGAAGUUACUUACCAACAUAGAGUACCAUCGAUCGAUAUAAUCGAUGAAGAAUUUAAUAGAUGUCGAGUAUAUGUAGACAAUAGAAUGAAUGAAGAGUGUGGAAAACAAGUUCGUCGAAUAAGACGAAAAGAAAUUAAUCAAAAAUGGCCCGAUCACUGGUCUCCUAAACACGAGGAUACAAAAUGUAUUCCAUUGAAUAAUACGUCAAAAGAAUAUAAAGAUGUUGUUGAUAAGUUUAAUUCUACUAUGACAGGCCGAUAUAGUCAAAUAAUUAAAAUUGAACGAGUAGAAAAUGAACGGUGGUAUAUACAAUACGCAGCACAUCGUGAUGAAUCUAAGCGAAAAUAUAAAAAUGAUGACUGUGAAAAAACAUUAUUUCAUGGAUUACCAAGUGAUAAAACAGCUUUUAUUAUUAAUGAAUGUUUCAAUCGGUCUUAUGCCGGUGUGAAUGGAACGGUAUACGGUUUUGGUGUUUAUUUUGCUACAAAUGCUCGUUAUAGUAAUCGUUAUGCAAUACCAGACACAUCAACGGGUGAACGAUGUAUGUUCAUUGCCAAGGUUUUGAUUGGGAGAGCAAUAAGGGGAGAUUCAAGCAUGAAAACAGCACCAGCAGGAUAUGAUUCAACAACUGAUCAGAAUGAAAUUUUUGUUACAUAUCAUGACGCACAAGCUUAUGCUGAAUAUUUAAUUACAUACAAAUAA